GCGGGGCCGGGGCCGGGGCCGGGGCCGGGCCGGAGGAUGUUUGCCCGCGGGGCUGGGCGCUGGCAGCGGGGCCGGCGGCUUUCUACUUGGCCCCGGCGCGGGGUAGAGAGCACCUGUCCCACAAGCCGGGAGCCGGCCCCUCCGCCGCGUGAUUCCUCUGCCGGCGGGGAGGCGCGGGCAGGGCAUGUCCCCGGGCUCCUCCGGGGCCGGGCGGUGCGAAGUUGCGCGCAGCCAGCGCGGCGGCGGCGGCAGGAGCCGGGGGCCGCCCCGGGAGAGGCGAAGGGUGGGCGGCACGGCGGGAGCUGAUGGCGGGCAGCGGGCUGGCGGCGAGCUCGCAGCCCCAGCGAAGCGGCGGGAGGAGGGCAGAGGGCAGCAACGCGGACUGGAUGGGCUCCCUCGCCCCCGCCCUCAGCACCUUCCCGCUGGCCCAUCUGGCCAUCCCAGGAUCACAUGAUUCUUUCAGCUACUGGGUUGAUGAGAAAUCUCCUGUGGGACCUGAUCAAGCCAUGGCAAUCAAACGUUUGGCUAAAAUUUCUUUGGUGAAAAAGCUAAUGAAAAAAUGGUCAGUGACUCAAAACCUGACCUUCAAAGAGCAGCUGGAAGGUGGGAUCCGCUACUUUGAUCUGCGCGUAUCUUCCAAACCAGGAGAAGUGGGACAGGAGAUCUACUUCAUACAUGGCUUGUUUGGCAUCAAAGUAUGGGAUGGACUGAUGGAGAUAAACACCUUCCUCACACAGCACCCCAAAGAAGCCAUCUUCUUGGAUUUCAAUCACUUCUAUGCCAUGGAAGACCAGCACCACAUAUACCUGAUUAACAGGAUCCGGGAAGCAUUUGGAUCAAAACUUUGCACAAUGGAAUAUGUAGAAAAUGUGACCUUGCAAUAUCUUUGGGAGAAGAGUCAGCAGGUUCUCAUUUUCUACCACUACCCUCUGUAUCAGGAAUAUCCCUUCCUGUGGCCAGGGAAUAAAAUGCCAGCACCUUGGGCAAACACAACGAACGUGCACAAGCUAUUACAGUUCUUAGAGACCACUCUUGGGGAGCGGGCUGAACAUGGAACUUUUCAUGUUUCUCAAGCUAUUCUCACACCCAGGGUCAAAACUAUUGCACGGCACCUAAUCCGUGGCCUAAAAAAUACGCUUGUUCACAGGAACCUGCCUAUGAUUUUGAACUGGGUAAAGAGACAGAAGCCAGGCGUUAUGGGCGUUAACAUAAUUACAUCAGACUUUGUGGAGCUGGUUGACUUUGCUGCCACUGUUAUUGCAUUAAAUGACCUCCUUUUAGAAGGGCACCGAGCUGUGACUAAAUCCUGACUGUUCUCAGAGGAACAGCCGUGUUAGUCUGUAUUCGCAAAAAGAAAAGGAGUACUUGUGGCACCUUAGAGACUAACCAAUUUAUUUGAGCAUGAGCUUUCGUGAGCCACAGCUCACUUCAUCUUAGAGUGACUGUUCUGUCACUCUAAGAUCAGCGCUCAUCCACUGAGAGGAGGAUUUGGAAUCUUUCAUCCAUGUCAACAGCUUUCAAUUUAGGUGUUUUGGGUUUUGUUUUUUAAGAAACAAAAGCCUAGUUUCUGAGGAAAACGUGCUGAAAAUCAUUCACAUCAGGAUCCAUUGCUGCAUGGAUCUGACCUGAACACUAAGCAGUGUCCGAGUGCCGCUGACUCUGUUAUGCACACAUCUGCUGCAGUACAGCAAGCUGUUGUCUGCCUGGCAGUAGGAGGCCGGACACUACAUCAGAUGUAACCAACUGGCAGCGGUGUCUCCCCCGGCAACUAGACUCCCUGUGGGUGUUCAUCCUGUGUGUCAGGCUAAGAAUUGGUGUUGAUCCUCGGGAGCAGUUCUACCAGACCAGCCAAAAAUGAUCCUCCACUUUGCUACAUAACUCAGAGCUGUGCUGGUCUCAGCUACCAGUUGCUAUUGUAUCUCUUAUGCCGUACUGGAAGCUACCUCAGAGGGAAGCUUUUACACUGUGUUCAGUGGUUUAAAUAGAGAUGAGCCCGAGUUGUGGAGAUUGGAUUUAAACUUAUAACUCUCAGGGGCUUUUGACUCCAAAAUUUUGUUUUCAGUCUCUCUCUCAUUUUAAGGGACUUCCAUUAGAGCAGGAUGCAGAUGCACUUUACUUAAGUUUGAGGGGAAAAAAUCUGUUGAGUUUUCUUGAAAGGUUGUGGGUGGGAGGAAGCUCUGCACAAAAGGCUGCUAUGUGCACAUUAGUUACACAGCAGGCUUUGUUCAUUGUAUGUAGCUUUGAGACACAGUGUAGCAAACUGUAAAAUGAAGUUUAGUCAAAACUUUGGUGGUUUCAUUCGUGUGGACCUUACCUCCUACCUCAAUUUCAAUUCACUUGGUUUUUCAUUCCCUAGGCUUCAUUGGGGGGUGGGGGGGGGCUGCAAAAAUUGCUAUUUUUUGUUUGGCAUCUGGUCGUUUUUCACAUCAUUUUGUGCCCAAAAACUUGAACCUACCCAAGUUUGCUCAAAAUGCACCCUAAAGUCACUGUGAGGUUUGUAGCUUACUUGAGACAUUGAGUUCCUAACCUGAGUUUCCUCUGCGAGGCAAAUUGGGAUGCAGGGAGUGGAGGGGUGGGAAUAACUGAUCGAAUUCUCUCAAGCUGUACCCACUUGUGAUGGCAGAAUAAGAUGCCGCUCACAAAUUGUGCUGAUCCUCAUUACAUGAUCAUACAUGUUUUUUUAAUUGUUUGUUUUGAUCGGCAGCAAAAUGUUGACAAUAUUUAUUUUUAAAUUAUGUUUCAGCAUUGACACUCCACUGAUGAAUUAGGGAAAGUUAACAGAUUUGAGAGGAGACAUCUCAGGCUCUCUGUUGAGUCAGGCAGACAUCACUGGAUAAAUUCGCACUCAGCUCAUAAUGUAAAGGUUAUCUUUUGAGCCAUGAGGGCUAGAGACAUUUGAAAAUGAAGGAUUAGAUUCUAGAGCAACAGGGAAAUGUGUUGGCUCACUGGCUCAAUCUGUAAUGAAAACUUUGAACAAUUCAACUGAACAUUGAGGGCUCUGUUAGCACACUUCAUGUUAAGAGUAACUACUUUCCAUUUGCAGUAGACUAGAAACCCUAAGGUUUGGGCAUUAAGUAGCAACGGGCAAAGCUUUCAUUAUGGCCACAGUAGUACUCUACUUAUGCACAAAAACGUGCUGCUUUCAAGACAAAUCCAGACAAAUAAAACAGCUGGAGGGUUGGGUGAUUCUAUGAUGAUACAUCGCAAAGUUUGUAUCUUCACAUUGUUGCAUUGUCAGGGAUGUUAAUCUACAGCAGUGGUUCUCAACAGGGGUACAUGUACCGCUAGGGGUACACAGAGGUCUUUCAGGGGCCACAUCAACUCAUCUAGAUAUUUGCCUACUGUUACAACUGGCUACAUAAAAAGCACUAUCAAUGUCAGUACAGACUAAAAUUUCAUACAGACAAUGAUUUGUUUAUACUGCUCUAUAUACUAUACCCUGAAAUGUAAAUACAAUCUUUAUAUCCCAAUUGAUUUAUUUUAUAAUUAUAUGGUAAAAAUGAGAAAGCAAGCAAUUCUUCAGUAGCAGUGUGCUGUGUGACACUUUUGUAUUUUUAUGUCUGAUUUUGUAAGCAAGUAGUUUUUAAGUGAGGUGUAACUUGGGGGUAUGCAAGACAAAUCAGACUCCUGAAAGAGGUACAGUAGUCUGGAAAGCUUAAGACUCAAGCCUCUGAUCUACGGUUCAAAACAUUGUGUAAUUAUGCUACAUCAUAGCAUGAGGAGGUUACUCUUUUGCAGCACUGAUGUCCAAAAUAAAUUCAGCACUUUGAUUGUCCCAUGAAGCUGAUGCACUCUUACAGUCUUUCCGAGUGUUAAGACUUAAGUUUAUUUUGUUUAUAAGAAAAGUGAUUGUUUUUACAAACAGUUUAGGAAAAAAUUAUCAACCUGACCAUCCCCUCAACCUCUGGCUCCCUCACCCAGUCGGAUAGUAGCUGCAGCUUUUUCCAUGCUGUUUCUCCCAUGGUGGUGGCUCUAUACUUAAUGCCCUAAACCACAUAGAGUUGGGUUCACCUAGAGGUUUGCAAACCUUCCACAUAGGAACUUUGGUCAAGUUCUUAACAAGCUUUAAUAUGAUUUAUCUGUUUGUGUUGCAUGGUUUUAAUUAGUGCUGUUCAAAAUGUUUUUUCCAGCUAAACCUUUCUUAUGAAAAACUGAAAGGUUGACUUUUUGUGUCUUCCCCCGCCGCCCACUAUCACCAUGUCUUUUUCCUCAUUUUCUAGUGGGAAAAAAAGUGAGAGAAGAUGGCGUAAAUAUUUUUUUAAACAAAAUCCACAAAUUUAAGGUUUUGUUUAGCUAAAACAAUUGCACAAAUAGUUCAAACAAAAUAAAUAUUUUGUUUCCUUUAAAUGUUUUGUAGAAAAUAUGUCUUUUGACCAGCCCUAUGUUUAAUGCCAAGUCAUAUGCAGAAUGAUGGCUUCAACUGAGUUUCACUUAGAGAUUUGAAUUUUGCAGCUAGCCCAAAUUCUCUUGUAGAUCAAGUCAAAACCCCACAAUCAGAGCAAACUUUGGGGUCUAUACUUUGUGGCUUAUGCCCGCUUUUAGAUAUAGAGAUUGUCUGAGCACAGAACUCAAAGCAAAACUCAUGCAGGGUGAAUGCAAAUGAAACAGGAAUGAAGAAAAUAUUUGCAUGAUCACUAAAUGACUGAAUUACAUAUAGGCAGCGUUUAAAUUCUCAGAGUAUUUCCCAGAGGCUCUUUCUCCCCCCUCCCCCACCCCCUCUUCCCAACUCCCAUUCCCCUCCCCACAUGCUAUAAAAACUCCAAGGGGGUUUCAAAAUACUUACCAGAGCUCUGGUCUGGACAGCUCUGGCUGAAUUUAAGCACUGCACACAAGCAUAUGUAUAACCUUGUAUUUGUGUUAGUUCUUAAUCUGCUAAUCUGUUGUACUGUAUGUAACUACCUCAAAAGAGAAUUAUCAGGUUUAGAUAGGUAAUAUUUUUAUAGAGUAUUCAAAGUAAUGGAUCUGUGUUAUUAGCCCUCCUAAUGUAUUUAUUUAAAUAGAAAAGUGGAUGGUGGGAACCAAAGGUUCUGUUUGUUUGUUUUUAAUGUAUUCAAGAAACUUUUGGAUUUAUGUGCUAUUGGCUGCUCUGUGUUGACAUACAGGGUACGAAGCACUACUGAGAGUGUAGGCAUAAGGAUGGUAGCAUGGCAAAAAGAAACUUUAAAUGGAAAAUUAUUUGAAUCCAUGGUGAUAGAAAUGUCACUAAUAUCUGGCUGAUGUUUGGCCCCGUGUGGAGGGAUUGGGUGGUUUCCAGGGGAUAGGUCUUCAUGUGGUAAAACCCACUAUCACAGCUGACAGUAAACCCUUGGCUGAACACUGAGACUGCCUCCCUGGAAGUGGGUUGAGGCAUGCUGGUGGGGCAGUGUGAGGGAAGCCUGCACCUCCGUUGCCCGUGUUGUGUAUGUGUUUUAGUGGAUAUAUAGCUGUCAAGUACAGGGCUGCAUCUUUUCUAAUCCUGCAUCUUUACAAAGCACUAACAUUCACUUGUAAAAAGGUAAAACAUCAGCAUGAUCACAAGAGAACUGCUGCGAAAGCUGCCACCAUGACGAUGGUGUGGGUGCUCAGGGAGCAGCCGAGCGCAGAAAAGAAGCUCCACAAGGCUGUGUGUGCAUGUUUGUGCAUAAGUCUUCCAUUAACUACCUUAUUAUUUCAAUCACUUCAUGCCCUGAACUGGGUUGUGAAUGUUAAUUGCAAACAAUGGAGAGGCAGUGGCACAAAGGGACUGAAUAGUGUUUUGUGUUUGACUUAUUCUUCUGUUCAGAACUAUGUAUAAAAAGUUGCAUAGAAUGUUACUGGCAGCUGUGCGGGGUAUAAUAUUUCAAUGAAAUGCAGUUUUUAAAGAAUAAGAAUCUGUGUAACAAAACCAUCAAAAGCAAUGCACUUGUACAUAGAUAGACAUAUUAUUAUCACUGUCUUCAUGAGGUGAGACUUAUUAAGUCAAAGUUUAUUAACUUGUUUAAGACAUAGGUCACCUCUCUCCUGGCAUUUCCUGAUGGCGCAGACCACCUCCCUAUUAACAUGCCUGAAGCAUUGACAGCAUUUACAUAUAAGGAAAAGAAAUAUUAUGAAAGUAUAUAUUUUAGGUUCUUCUGAAGGGGGGUCCACAAGUGGAAACAAGGAGAGUUAGUGCCAUGGGAUUAACUAGCUCUUGCAGACCCACCAAUGUUCCAUGGCCCACAGUUUGGGAACAACUGCCCUAAAUCAUUCGUGGCUGUGUCACUCAGGGGUUACUCAUAAAGACAGAUGCAAUGUUAGUCACAGACAAUAGGCACCUGGGAUGUCACACCUCAGGCACUUUAUUAAUGUGUCAGAGUGUGUACAUAUUAGAGAUGGGCCUGAGUAGCAAAGCUAAAGGAUGUUUUGGAUCCAGGAUUUUGGUUUGGCCCAUAAUAGAGACUGGAUCUGGGCCUAGAUCCAAAGUUGGAUUUUCUUCCUGUCUAGUGUUGUCAUGUAUUUAUUUUCUAUACAUAUGUGUGUUACAGGUAGGGAUAGCCUAUACAUGUUGUAACAAACAGGAGACACUUUUGUUAGUGUGUAACUAUAGGACUUAGUUUGGUAAUAGACUACAAAUGAAAAUUGAUAGGAGAGUGUGUUGUGUGGUGUAUUAGAAUCAGACUUGUCACCUUGCUAUACAGAAUGUAUAUUUCUAUUUAUUUUUACUGAGCCUCAGGUAUCGAAAUAUGAGUUUACUCUUUCUUGUCCUAAUUCAACCAAAAACUUUUACCAAGGGAUCAGUCCCCGAGGCAAAAGUUAGGGCAAUUUUGAGUGGAGUUUUUAGCAGGAACAGAUGAACUGAUUUGGACAAAAUAAGAAAUAACCUAAAACUUUACCCAAAAUUUGAACUCAGUUAAAACUUGUUUGGUUGGGGUUUUUUUGGGAGGGGAAGAAGAAGAAGGAAAUUCUCAUUUCUGUCUUUUCUGGUUUGGGUGAGAAGUGAAAUACUGUACAGUAAUCUGGUUUCAGAAUAGCAGCCGUCUUAGUCUGUAUCCGCAAAAAGAAAAGGAGGACUUGCAGCAUUCAGUGAAGUGAGCUGUAGCUCACGAAAGCUUAUGCUCAAAUAAAUUUGUUAGUCUCUAAGGUGCCACAAGUCCUCCUUUUCUUUGUUCAGUAAUCUGACAAUCUAAACCUGAAAGUGUUGGAAAUCUGACAAACUUUUGUGCUUGUGAGAUUCCCAGCCCUAUUUUCAGACAAAUGAAAUGUGCAUAAAACUACUAAAUGCUUACACCACUUAGUCCUGCCUCCUUCCAGGCCUCCAUUUCCCCUUAUUUAAGCCCACUUCUGUUGCAUGGUCGUUAUUUACAGAAUUUGGCUGUUGACAAGAGGGUUGUGUUAACUUCUGUCUCAAAUUAGUUAUCACUAGGGGGCAUGUAAGAGCAAUGAAAAAUGUAUUUCUCUUCAGAGACUGAGCCUGGCAUCUGUGAUGCUGUAUGAAGGGUCAAGGAAGUGGGCAGCUAUAUUCACUGAGCAACUGGGCCUGCCUGCAAAUUCUGAUUUACUUUAAAAAGAAAAAAAAAAGAAAAAAAACGGCAGAACAUGAUACAUGCUAUCACGAUUAGUCAAACAGAAAUGAAGGUUUUCCCCAUAAAUCUAGAGCAUAGUAUACAGAAUUGUGUACUUUAAUACCUUUCAGUGAUGCCCUAGGACUAUUAGCUCCCUGUUUUAGCUCCCUAUUAGCUCCCUAUUUUAACUCCCUACCACGCUGAGAAAGAAGAGAUUUGGGGGGGAGGGGAGGGGGAAGUACACGUAUUAAACUAUCCACAUAUAUUCAGCUAUCCACACAUAUUCACAUAUUUUGACAGAAAAUAUAGAUAGACCUUAGGGACCAGACCAGCAACAUAAACUUCAGAACAAUCUAGUGAAAUUGUGUACUGUAUUUUAUCCAUUGUCAUUAUGCUUCUCUUAUUUAUUGUCAGCCUUCUGAUAUAUUUCUUUGCUGUCUGCAUCUCUCUGAAAUUGAACUGCUACAUUUUCUGUCUUAUUAAAAACAAUAUAUUAUGGAACAUUCAAGUAUUGUUUGUGUCUAACAGGGAUACUUUUGGCAGAGCCUGGAUUCUGCUUGGUGUAAAAUGCAUUUUCUAGUCAUUUUUUGUAAAUAUAUUUUGUUUAAAUCUUCCAAGAAAAAAAUAAUUAUUUCAUUCUUUUCUUCUGUGAGUGUUUUAUGCAAUUUCUCUUCUCCUUCUCUUUUGGCACCAUGGACCUUACCCAUAUGCCUAAUUCAAUCGUGUGUGUUGUAAAACCACUAAUGCCUCAUUUUAACUGAGCAAAUAAAUUUUGGGCUGACAGCUGUUUGUUUUUUUUUUAAAUUUUACUCAAAAAUUAUCAUUGUUGGAUUGGAGGUUUUACCCUGAAAAUAAACUUUGGCAACUUCAUCUUGUUAAUAAUC